AUGGCACCUCAAUUCGAAAUCCCAGAGACGCAAUGGGCUCAGGUCUUUGAGAAGAACGGCGGCCCCGUCGAGUACAAGCAGAUUCCUGUCCCCAAGCCCGGCCCAGAUGAGGUUCUCGUCAACAUCAAGUACUCUGGCGUCUGCCAUACUGAUCUCCACGCCUUGAACGGUGACUGGCCAUUGCCCACCAAGCUACCCCUCGUCGGUGGUCACGAAGGUGCUGGUGUUGUCGUCGCCCGUGGCGAACUCGUCAAAGAUGUCGAGCUUGGCGAACACGCAGGUGUGAAAUGGCUUAACGGCUCUUGCCUUGCCUGCGACUUCUGCAUGCAGGCCGACGAACCCCUCUGCCCCAAGCCCGACCUUUCUGGCUACACCGUCGACGGAUCCUUCCAACAAUACUGCAUUGCUAAGGCAGCUCACAUUGCCCGAAUCCCCAAGGAUGUUCCCCUCGACGCCAUCGCACCCGUCCUCUGCGCCGGUAUCACCGUCUACAAGGGAUUGAAGGAAUCCGGCGUACGACCAGGCCAAUCCGUUGCCAUUGUCGGUGCCGGAGGCGGUCUCGGUUCCCUCGCCCAGCAAUACGGAAAGGCCAUGGGCCUGAAGGUCAUCGCCAUCGACACGGGCGCCGACAAGAAGAAGAUGUGCCUCGAGCAGCUCGGCGCCGACUCCUUCAUCGACUUCGCGACCUCGUCCAACGUCGUCAAGGACGUCCAGGCCGCCACCGAGGACGGCCUCGGCCCCCACGCCGUCCUCCUCGUCGCCGUCAACGAGAAGCCCUUCCAGCAGGCCGCCGAGUACGUCCGCCCCCGCGGCACCGUCGUUUGCAUCGGUCUCCCCGCCGGCGCCUACCUCAAGGCUCCCGUCUUCGAGUCCGUCGUCAAGAUGAUCACCAUCAAGGGCUCCUACGUCGGAAACAGGAAAGACGGCGCCGAGGCCAUCGACUUCUUCAGGCGCGGACUCAUCAAGGCUCCCUUCCAGGUCGUCGGCCUCUCCGAGCUCCAGAUGGUCUACGACAAGAUGCGCAAGGGCGAGAUCGCUGGACGAUACGUCCUCGACACCUCCAAGUAA